ACCAUCCAUGGGAACGUGGACAUCAGCACGUGUGGAGACAGUGGAGUCGAUGUGAAGAAGCUUCAGGGCACCACGAUGAAUGUUUCAACAGAGCACGGCCCUCUGAAGGUCAAAGCCAUCUACGCUCAGUCCAGCUGCGUCUCGUCCCGCUCUGGGAGAGUAGAACUGGGGCAUGUACACGGUGACGCCACCGUGAAGAACGUGUCCGGAGAUAUCGUUAUUGAUGGUUCGAAUAGUCUCCUGAAGGUUUCCUCUCACAGCGGAGCCAUUGAUGUCUAUGUGGGAGACGGUGGCAGUGCAGAGCUCCGCAGUCAGGAAG